AUGUUUCGUGCGAGGCGGUGUAGAUGGCUGGUGUUUCUGAUGAUUGCAUGCAUGCUGCGCGGUGAGCGAAUGUGCAGCUUUGUCCAAGAAAGCUGCAGCACCCCGAAAGAAGCAGCAGGCGUAUCGCGACGGAUUCUGAGUCUGUCACCAUUUUACGGACUGCCUGCAAUAGCUGCUCCCACAGUUCCGGAAGCUGGGCCGACAUUUCGAACUCUCAAAAAGCCUCCGGCGAUUCCUGUAGCUACAGCAGUGAUUCUGCUGAGAACUACGCAGGAAGCUGCGCUGGACUGGGGCGGGCCAUUUGAAAAGCCAGGAUUGUACCAGACUAACUUCAAUAAGAAGCGCAGCGAAGGCUUUGCAGCCUUCAAGGAACGCUUUGCCACCUACAAUCUCUCAGAACUUUUCAAUCAGUCGCAAGCGCUUGAGAAGGAUCCGCGCUCCAAUCGCCUAUACUUCACGUUCCUGAACGAAGUCCAGUUCAGGACCCUGCAAGAUGGAAUCAAGCGGCGAGGCGAGCAGGAGCGCUUUGGCCUCAACGUUGGAGCAAGGCUUUACCGGAAAAUCAUGUCUGGCGAUGCUGUCGGACCACGAAUCAGCAAAGGGGAUGAGUAUGAUCCUAAGGCGCCUGUGGACAUGUCUUCGCCUCUGUCGGGGGAGUGGAAACCACUGCAGCCACCUCUCUCAAAGGGGAAGUCUCCUAGCGACCUGGCAACUGGUGCACGCCGACUGAUGGACUAUCUUCGUGGACAAGGGUAUUGCAAAGACUUCACCCUGUCAGAUCCUGCUGUCGGGGCGGAUGGCAAGAUAAAGUUUUCAUCCUUCCUGCUGGAGCCAGCAAACCUCGAGGCGACUUCAACUCUGAUGCGAAGCCGUGGUUUUCCACCUCGCUUUGACCAGAGGAUUCUGCAGGCUUACUUCCUUGAUCGUGGCUAUGAGAGCGAGCUGGAUGAUGAGCUGAGCAGCAGCCUUGAGGGGAAGGGCCCGGCUAAAGGAACUCCAACCGGCAUUCGCACGCAAUGGGUACUGACAGCGGAUGCUGAAAGUUGCGGAAGCCGACUGAAGGAGCCAACGAAGAGCGCUGGCUCCGCAGCCAAGGCUGCUGCAACCCCAGGAUCCAACGGUUCAGCACAGUUUCCGGCCCUUGGGGUCUCUAUGCUCCCGGAUGGGGAACAUCCUGAAGAUGAUCAGGAGUUGAUCUUCUGCCUGAACGAGCUGCUUAAGCUUCAGGUAUCUAUUUCCAGCUCUCUGGAAGUGGCUUGUCUGGCCUUCCGCAAUGCGGACCGCGACCUGUCAGACAAUAUUCGCCGGACCUUCAACGAGGCCAACCAGCUCUCUUCCAAGGCUGCCGCUGCGGUGUCAAACUAUGCCCAGGUGGCCCAGCAGGUGAGCCGCAACAUACUUCCUGACCUGAAGCUAGCAAUUCAGGAAAAGGAGCCCAACCUGGCGGUCAGCCUGCUUAGCAUUGUGAAGGAGUGGGUCUCCAGUAUGAAGAAGGAUGGGGAGCAGAUCCAGCAGCAGUACUCCACUUUGCAGCAGUCGGUGCAAGAUCUCAUUCUCGGCGCUCAGAGGGCGAAGAGUAGCGCUGAUCGGAGAUUGGCCGAGUCGCUGCAGGAACAGGUUGCAGACCUUGACGGGGGACCCCUUCCUGGAGCAUUGGGUCUGCUUCAGCCGCAAGCACCUUUGUCCUUGGAAGGAGCCCAUCAAGCGAAGAGCAGUGAAGUCAUGAGCAACGUGGCAAAUCAGCGACCGCCUGAAGUUGUCGUAGCUGGAGGCAGCUCUGUCCCACAAUCUUUAGCGCCUCCAGCACCUCAACAACAAGGUGCAGCAGCGCCCACUUCCACUGCUGUCGGUGUCCCGUUCAGCAUGAAUAUGUGGACGAGGCAUUUGUUCGAUCAGCUGUCUAGCUUACCGGAGGAAGGCGGAAAGCCGGGACCUCCAAUGCUCACCGCAGGAGUCAGCGAUGGCAGCCUGCCACCUGUGGACAACCUCGAGGAGUGGAAGUCCGAUGUGUUGGAUUUGCUGUUCAUGGCGCCGGGCGUAGGCCAAAAGACCUUGCCGAAGCCUGCGCCUUUCCAGCCUCCUCAGGCUCUACCACGAGUGGAUUCCUCUCACGAGGCAGACCAGAGCCUUGGGUCCAGCAGAUCGCGAGGUCAUGGUGACAGCUCCAUUGAGGAGGUGAACAUGGAUCAGGAUGGCAACGCAGACGCGAUCAUCCAAUACAAUGCAAUGGCAGAUGAGAAAGAGUUUGUCCAGAACACCUCAGGGUGUCUCCUGCGAGCUCUUCGAGAGCUGAAACGAGUGGACGAGAUCCUUCAGGGGUGCUCAGCCUUCUGGGCGAACAUGGAUGGCACUGUACAGAAGCUUGCCCAGAUGAAGGAGCACACUGAAUGCCUCGUCAACUAUGCGAACAGCAGCAAACUCUUGCGGGAGAGAUUCGAUCAGCGGCUAUCAGAGUAUACAACAUUCUGGUCUUCGCUUGAGCGGCUGUGCAGGCAGUACUGCAUGGACUACCAGACGUACUGCAAGAAGAUGCAGGACAUGAUUCGAGAUGUGUCUGAAGCGGCGGACAUCUACGACACAGCUCAUAGUGCUCGGAUGGGUGUGGCAAUGGGCUACCGAGAGAAAGAGCUGAGGCAAGGCGGCUAUGUAGUACAGUGA